AUGGACGAAGAUAAUCCGAAUGCUACACCUCUGUAUCUGCCUGUCGGACAUGCUUCUCUUGCUGUGAGCGAAGAACAGCAGAAGAAAUUAGCGAAGUUGGCGCAAAAGAAGGGUCGUGAUAAUCGGUUUAAGACUGCGGUUCACGGCAUGGUGGCUUUCGAUUUGGCGUCUAGAAUAGCAGCAGAUGCGGAAACGUCUUCCGAAGAAGAAAAGCACGGGACUCAAGAUCAGGCGCUAGCCCUUGGUUCUCCUAGAACGAUAGCGCAGAGAAAAGCAUUUUUGAAGCUAAUCUUUGGGGGAGGACAACACGACGAGCGGCAUGAGGAUGACAAGACCACUUCCGCUGCUUCAGCCACGUCUAAAGAGCAGGACGACCAAGCUACUAGGGAAACGACCACUUCUACUAUCGAUGAUCUCCACAUCGCUUCUGAACUAGACAAAUGGGCUGACGUAUGUCUUCGAGAACUAGUAAGUGUGGAACAUUUUUUCGGAUCCUUCAACUUUUUGUCUCUUCUCUGGCGUGAAACAGCAAGUCUGGGACCUCUGUUUCACGUAGACGAAGUCCUACGGUCUUUAGUCUUGUUGCAGAUGCAGGAGUUGAUGAGUACUUCGGGAACAAGUGCUAUGAAAACAUCAAUCUCG